AUGUCGUCGUCAUCUUUAUCAGGAGGAGUACCAGGAGCAGGAGGAACGGGAGCGUUAACAUCACACGACGCGUUGCUCCAUUUGGACCCGCAAAUCCGACUGUACGUGUUGCUUCCCAUCACGAUCGCGAUGUUCUUCGUCGGGGUCAUUCGGCACAACGUUUCGAAAAUCUUCGGGCAAGGAUCAUCGUCGGGGAAGAAAAUCGACCACGACGGGUUAAAAGAAGCGCAAGCGGUCGUGAGAGCGACGAGGAUUGCGCAAAACUGUGGGUAUUUAAGCGAGAAAGGAUUCGAGAAACGGAGAGAGUAUUUCUGCAACGAAACCGUCGGCGUGUUCAGUCAAGAGAGCAAGAAGAGCAACGUGCAGCAACAAAUGCUCUCGGAUCCGUCGAUGUUGAGCGAAAUGUUGACGAAGAAUUUGAACAUGAUCGUUCCGAACAUGCUCACCAUGGCGUGGGUGAAUUUCUUCUUCACUGGGUUCGUGGUCGGGAAAGUGCCGUUUCCGUUGACGCAAAGGUUUCGAUCGAUGUUACAACGCGGGAUAGAUUUGCAGAGUUUAGACGUGACGUACGUGUCGUCUUUGUCGUGGUACUUUUUGAAUUUUUUCGGCCUCGGUGGGGUGUUCGGUUUAGUUCUAGGGAACAACACGUUGAACGACACGCAACAGAUGAGACAGAUGUCGAUGAUGGGGAUGGAUACCGGGAAGGCGUUUAAAUCGGUCAAGGAGAACUUGGAGAUGAUUGCGCACGAGAGCGCGAUCGAGGAGGUGGCGGAGAAAAGAGCGACGGUUAUUCUGAGAGAGUUGAACGGAGGGAGUUCGUUUAUGAAAGCCAGGAAAGCGGCGCUGCUGAGUAAAUAG